AUGGCUGGCACUGAAGAGGACAAUAUUACUCAAUUUUCAGAAAUUUUCCUUUUAGGUUUUGGGGAUCUCCAUGGCCUUCAGUUUCUUCUUUUUGGAAUAUUUCUGGCCAUCUAUGUGGUGACUGUCAUGGGUAAUAUUGUUAUCCUAAUUGUGGUGACAACUGAUUGCUCUCUUCACAUCCCUAUGUAUUUCUUUCUUUGCCACUUCUCCUUCCUUGAGAUCGUCUACACCACUACCAUUGAGCCCGUGAUGCUGAAGACAUUGUUAUCAGCUCGUGUGCCUAUUUCCUUCCCUGCCUGUGCAUGCCAGUUUUACUUUUUUGCUUCCCUAGUGGCUACAGAAUGCUUUUUCUUGGCUGUAAUGUCUUAUGAUCGCUACAUAGCCAUCUGCAAACCAUUGCAUUACUUCAGCAUCAUGGACCACUGGAGCUGCUUACAGCUAGCUGGUGCCUCCUGGUUGGCUGGUUUUCUGGCACCCAUUCUUCUCAUGGUCCUCAUUUUUCACUUAACAUUUUGUUCUGCCAAUGAAAUUGAGCACUUCUUCUGUGAUUUGAAGCCCAUCAUUAAACUGGCCUGUACUGACACUCAAGUAGCUGAGAUGACUUCUUUUGUAUGUACCUCUUUCUUUGCCCUUGGCCCUUUUUUGCUGACCCUGGCUUCUUAUAUUCAUAUCAUCUCCACCAUUCUGAGGAUUCCCUCUGCUGCAGGGAAGCAGAGGGCUUUUUCCACCUGUUCCUCCCAUCUGAUAGUGGUUAGUCUCUAUUAUGGAACACUUGGCAUUGUCUAUGGCUUUCCAUCGGGGCUUCAGUAUGAAGACUUCUUGAAGCUGCUUUCCCUCCUGUAUACAGUAGUUACUCCUGCCCUCAACCCUAUAAUUUACACCCUACGAAACAAGGAUGUGAAAGUUGCUCUCAGAAAAUUGGUGCAUUGA